CGCCGGGCCGCCGCCGGCCGGACUACCAUGUAACCUCACGCCCCACGCCUUUGCAAGUCUUCCAGCGGUUUCACCGCAUUAGUAUAGUCUUAGUUUUAAGAAACCAAGUCUUCCACUAGAUUAAGUUAGUAUUUAAGAUGCAACGUGGUCGAGCGUCGCGACGCGAGCACAACAACCGCUUAGUAUUCGAAAGAUUAUGGCGAGGCACAUUCCAAGCGGUACUGGCCGAUCCACAGCGCAGACCGCGCGCCUCCUCCCUUGAUCCCAAUCCGGAUUUGUCAGUCGAACCCAUGCAAGGAACUUCCACUAUACAAGACCCGUUAGAACCAGCGCUCAGAACUAUUCUGGAGGGACUUAGGAGCUGCUGCUGUCGAUGCAGUUGUACCCAAAAUCGCAACAACGUUAACAACAAUUUGCAGGUCUGUCUCUCCAACCCCGAGGAGAGGAAGUCCAUGCGAUCCGUCAUAAGCGUGCGCGAAACCCACGCAGUAGCGGAGGCUCAACAAGAAAAGAAUGCGCGACUCAGGGACGCGUUCGGUAUAUCACCCCGUUUCGUUGAGGGGACCAGUUUGGAUCCAGAGCGAAGGGCGAGGGACGAAGCGCAGAAGUACCCCCUUGUGAGAACACCGAGCCAUGAGAGGGAGGAUCGGGAUACGCACGUAGCUAAGAAGAAGAAGAAACGAAGUGCGACACCGGAAGCUAAAAAAUCUAAGAAGAAAAAAUCCAAGAAGAAUAAGAAAGAGAACCAGGUGACACUUCAAUUAACUAGAAGUCAAAGAAAAAUGUUGUGGAGAUACAUUCAUAGACAAGAGUCCAGCAAGAAGAAGAAAAAGCGGUCGAAGUCACCAAAUACAGAGAGUUCCAGCAGUUCAGAGGCUGAUACUGAGUCCAGCUCAGAGGAUGAACGUCAAAAGAAAAAGAAGAAAAAGUCGAGUAGCAGACGUCGUGCCAGCGGUGCACCAUCGAGCCGUGAAAGCUCGCCAGUUAAGCAAGUAAAAGAAAAACAAUUGGAACGUCCACACGAAUAUCAAGAGAAUAGUGCUCGUAAAAAGAAUCGUGACCGUGAAGAACGCCAUCAGAGGCACGAGGAACAAACUCGAAAUACCCGACAAGUCGAUUCUAGCAGACGCAGAGAUGACAGAAGUCGGUCAGUGGAACGGAGAUCUUCACCAGAAUACAGAAGACGAGACGAACGUAGAUCACCAGUAUAUAAACAAAAAUCAUAUGUAGAAAAAGUCGAUAGGCGAAGAGAAUCUUCAAGAGAUGAGUCAGAUCGAGCAAGGUCCUCUAAACAGUCUAAACGUGAUCGUCAUCGGUCGCCUUCCGAGUCGGAUGUUGAAGAACCGCCUCAAAAAAAACCUGACAAAAGAGAUAAAAGAUUACCAAGACAAUCGAGCGAAUCCCCGCCUCCAGAAAAAAGACGACGGAAGAGCUCAUCUCCUAAUAACAAGAAAAGAGAAGGAAGUCAAUAUAACAGAAGAGAUAAAUCAAAAGAGGAACUUCGACAACAAAAAGAAAAUAAAAGGACAAGAAGGAGUGAAUCGCAAGAAUAUAAAAGCAGGCGAAAUGAUGAUUACCGAAAACACGAUGAAGAAUUUAACAAAAGAAACAAAACUGAUCAUGACAGACACUACAAGGAAAAUCGAAAUGAAACAUCAAAACGAAGAAGAAAUCGUAGUUCAUCAAGAGAGAGGCCAGACACUUUUAAAGAACAUAGAGAACGAUCUUCAGUGAGUAAAUACAAAAAGAGAGACUCUCGUCAAGAAUCGGAAAUGUAUUACAAGAAUACCAGACAUAACCGGUCUCCUUCCUCUGAUACGGAAGCGGAGACGCCUCAAAAGCAAAAAGAUACUAAAGUGUCUAACAGCAAAUCACGUCAUAAUAAAGAAAGAAAUGAAUCUCCAACGAAAGAAAAACACAGACGGAGUCCUUCGGUUGAAUACGCUAGAAACGAAACCCCCGAUCGAAGACCCGUUGACCGUAAAAGUGAUAAGAAGAAAUCCAGUUCUAAAACAGUUGAAAAUAAAACAAAAAAGAAGUCCCCAACGCCCGUAGAGAGAUGUCGUAGAACAACACAUAGUAGAUCUAAGUCUACUUCCAUAGAACGAAGGAGUUCAAAGAAAGAAAAACAAAAAAGUAGUACCCCGAUCAUAAAAUCCAAAGUAGUAUCAGAAAGACGUAUUUCACCCAGAGCAGAACAAAAGGAUAGGAAUGAUAAGGACCGAAGUACCCGCAAGGAAUCUCAUAAAGGGCACUCUAGAUCGCGUUCGAAAAAUCGGAGUCGAAGCACGUCCAGUCUUAGUUACUCGCCGGCACGUCGCAGUCCCGAAAGGUAUCGUGACAUUAUCGAAAAACUACCCGAAAAAGAUAAAAGAAAAUACAUAAAGUCGCCGUCGGAUCUUCAACCGAAGAAAAAGAAAAUUAAGGAGGUAACUGAAACGUACAAACCAAAAGCUGUAUGUAUGAGGAGCUCAUCGAGUGAAAUGGAAGAUUCUGAAGAUGAUUUUUUAAGACUAGAUGAUCGAGCUCGUCAGGAGGAAUUGGAUUUUAAAGAACUAAAUAGAUUAAAAGAAAAACUGGCUCAAAUGGCAAAAGCUUCAAUAGAGCGAAAACGAAAUGAAGAAUCUAACGGACCUUCGACGUCCCAAUCUACUCGCGAAGAUAAGGUCGAAGAAGAUAAACCUAAAAACGAAAGUCCAGUCGUGGUCGAGAAAGUGGACAUUCCUAAAGUUAAUAAUAAAAGUCCAGAAAAAAGCGAGACUCCUAAAAAGGAUAGUCCGGUAAAUGUCGAAAGUUCGCCGGAAGUUAAGAAACGAGGUAGGAGUAAGUCUCGCCGAAGUUGGUCACGUUCGACACGACGAUCACGAACACGAUCACGUUCAAGAGGCAAGUCGUCGCGGUCCCGGUCUCGGUCUAGGUCUCGUUCGAGAACACCAUCCCGAUCAUCUCGCUCAAGAUCUCGGUCCUACUCGUCAUCAAGGCGUUCUCGUUCAAGUCGCUCCAGCUCCUACAGCAGCAGAAGUUCAUCGAGAUCAUCUCGCAGUUCAUCUCGGUCAACGCGCUCGUCAAGAACAAUGACGGGCGUGUACGCCGAUUACCGUAGAUCGAGCGGGACGCGCUCCCGAUCGCCCUCGAUACCGCGCCGCGCAGGAUCGCCGAGCUUCCUGGAUAGGAGGCGAAUUACGAGGAAGAAACAACUCCGCCCGCAAACGCCCAAUUCCAUAUCGUCGGCCGACACCCUCCACCCCCUCGAGCCGCAGUUACAACAGCAGCAAGUCCUCUCAGAGAAGCUGGUCACGAUCCCCUCGCCCUGAACGCGAAUAAUCUAAACAUUAAAACAAAUCAAUAAGGCAGCCCACGUUCACUAUAAAUUGAUUUAAUCGUUGGCGAUAUAAAACUUUAUUUUAUACAAACUUACAUAAUGUCGUUAUCCGCUAGUUAAAAUGAAAUUUAAUGACAGUUUUUCGUGAUAGCGAUUAAGAUAAAAAAGCAAUCAACUGUUUGAAUCUUUGUAAUUCGCCAGUUCUAUUUUGAGAAUCUCGAUUGAAAAACUUAUCAAUUUACUUUAUUAGUUGUAGACUGCCUGUAUUGAUGAUACGAUUUAAAUUAGGUUUUGUCAUAAUUAUGAACUUCUAUUGUGAAAUAUAAUCUAUUAUUAGUCAAUAGCAUCCAAUUUCAACGAAGUCUUGAUAUUUGUAAUGAAAGCGUUCGAAUGAAUUUCGACGUUUUACUAUUA